AUGGAAAAUAGAACAAAGAAGUUUUCUCAAGAAUCAAUCCACAGGAUUAAAGGAAACUAUCUUCUGGAUACAUCUUUAUUAAGUAGAUCCCAAGUAAAUUCUGGUUUAAAUGGGUUGAUCGCAAACCAAAGAGAAAGAGAAAGAUUGUUCUAUGACAUUGUUCAUACUGAUAAUAUUGAAGUUAAAGAGCAUGGAUUAAGGAAACUUCGAGAAAUUAUUAUUUCUGUAUUUGAAUCACAAAAGAAUAAUUCAGCUUUUAUUGAUUUAGUUAAAUCUUGUUAUCAAUUAACUUAUGAAAUUUUUCUUGAAGAACAGAAAUAUGUUCAAAUAGGUGGCAUUGUAUUCCCUUUUUUAAUCAAUAAUAUGCCUGAAUUGGCUUAUACUAUGGGAUUUGUGGAAUUGUAUAUUUUAUAUCUUUCACAUUGGGAAUUGAAUCUCUUCAAGUCGAUCGAUAUUUUAAAACAGUGUAAAACGCUUUUGUCAAAACAACAAUAUCAAUAUCUUUUACGGAUGGUCCUUAUCUUUUCUCAAGAUAUAGAGCCACCUAAUAUGUGGUUCCAAUUAUUAAAAUUCUAUAAUAGUAAUAAGUUAAUCAUGGAUUUUUUGAAUAAAACAAAAAUUGUGCAAAAGGUUCAGUUUAGGUGUUUAGAUAUGUGCCAGAGGAGUUACAAUCAAUUAUCUUUUGAUGUUUUUAAGCAAACUUGGCUUCAACAUGUGCCUUUAGAUGCAACAGUGGAAACAAAAGCAAGAAAAAGAUAUCUUUUUGAAAAAUUAUCAAAUGACUCUGAAAUGAUCUAUUUUAAAAAAAGGCCUGUAAGUUGA